AUGUCCAUUCGGCCCGCUCUCCUCGGAACCCUCGCCGCCUCGGCUAUUCUGGGGGCGACCUACAUCACACUCCAUUCCACAAACGGCACCUUACACACGCGCCCCGAAACUUCCAAGCGCUACGGCCUCGCCGCCGACGACGCCCGGGCCGCGGCGAGAUGUGUUCCUCCAUCACUGCAGCCCAGGGAAGCGCACAUACACGCGCUUCAGGAUGACUGUGUCGCUGCCUCUGGUUCUACGUGUGGUGUCCGUAGAAACUGCUCUCAGGCUCGUGUCCAGUUCCACACGCCUACAGUUCCCAAAGCACGCGCCCGAGCUAUCUCACUCGGCGGCGGCCGCCAUGACCUCGACAGCAUUGCGCUCAUGCGCGCGAUACACCUCCCUCCAAUCCUGGCAUCGCUUCGGCCCGUUCCACCGGACUAUGGGCCCUGGUCUGUCGUGAACGGGGAGAGCGCGACGCUCCGUCGGCACAGCGUGGUCUGGCGGAGAAACUCGAGGCACCCCGUCGCGACGGAGGCGUCCUCGCGGUCGCGUCACGCCCGGCGAAUGCGGUUGAGGCAGUGUAGCUGCCUAAACAUCGAGACCGCGUGCCACGGGACAAGGUCUAGGGCGGAGGAAGAUGGCGAGGCGACUUGCACGGCCCCGCGGCCGCUCUGCCUAGUUCAGCUGUAUUGCGAGAAGAGGCAAGCUCAAAAGUUUGACCGUAUCAGCUUUGGCCGUGAGUACGAGGGUGACGAGGGGAGCGGCGAAACAAGUACCUUCAACCGAGACGACUCCGCACGUGGAACGGAGGAAGACUGGUCAUGUUGA